AUGAAGGACUGGAGCAAGCAGACCGUCGUCCAACUCAAGGCGGAGUUGAAGCGCAGAGGGCUUGGUGUCGCAGGCCUUAAGCAGGAACUUGUCGAUCGCCUUGCGGAGAGUGACAAGGACGCUGCUGCACAAGAACCAGAGGCAUCCCCAGAGCUUGAACAGGCUGAGAGCCUCAAGCCCGAGAACGAUGAGGCUCCAGAGGCGCCAAUCGAGCCCAACCCCAUCAACACCGCACCCAAAGACGUCAUUGUCGCCGAAACCGAGCCCACCGUUGCUGAAGCAGUCGAGCACAUCCCAGAAGCCAGUCACGAGCCAUCAGCCGCCGUGUCUGACAAGCAGGAAACGACUACUACAAUUCCAGAGUCCAUCGCUACACUGGACUCUACACCUCCUGCGCCUGCCGAGAUAGCGCAAGAUGUGCAGAAACGAAAGCGACGAUCGGAGAGUCCAGUGGAGUCAUCCGAAUCUGUCUCCCGUAAGCGGGUCAAGGCCGACCUGGACCGCAUGGACGCAGGCACCCAUAACGAUGCUGAGGGUUCAGAGCAAUCUGGCAUCGCUGGUGUCAUGAACCAAGUUAAGGAGGGCAUCAAGGAGACCUUGAAGGAGACCUUGGAGGGAGGCACGAGUCUCGUUGACGAUAUCGCGAAGGACGCAAAGGUUAUCUCGGAAAAUCUUGCCGAGCCUAUGGAACAAGACCAGCCGCCGCCUGGUGCGAACAACCAGGACACAACAAUGGCGGCAUAUCAUGAUGAAGCCCACGGCGAGGCGAACGAGGACCAUGCUGUGAAUGCUGCGGCCCGUGAGGAGUCCAAGGAUGCCGACCCUGCCCCCGAGCCAGCGCACCAGAAUACAGCCCGUCAAGACGACCACGAUGUCAUGGAUCACGAGAGAACCGUCGAAGCGGCCAGGCACCAUGCUACCGAAUCCCUUUACAUUAGGAAUCUUAUGAGGCCGCUCAAGGAAGACACGGUUCGCGCACAUCUGAUCCAGCUGGCGGCCCCUGCCGAUGCAGAGCCCAACAAUGAUGAUAUCGAUCUUUUUUACCUCGACCAAGUCAAGACCCACGCCUUUGCUGUCUUCAGUUCCGUCACCAAGGCUUCACGCGUCCGCAACGCCCUGCAUGGCCUCCGCUGGCCGGAUGAAAGCAACCGUAAGGAGCUGUGGGUGGACUUCGUUCCGACAGACAAGGUCCCUCUAUGGAUUGACGAGGAGCAGGCCCAAAGCCGCGACAGAAGCAUCCGCUUCGAGGUGCUAUAUGACGAAGAUGGCGCCGCCAGUCUGGUCUCGGGCUCUGCAGCCCAGCCUGCACGGUCAGCUCCAGAACCGACUAGGCCUGCGCCCUCCGGCCCCGCAGUCAAAGAUGUAAACGCCAUCCCUCUUGGCCCUCGUGGCGGUUUCGGAACACAAGGUGCGCCGUCGGGACCCAGAGGGGAUGCGCCGCGCGGGCCUGGUCCCAGACCCCCACGACAGAUUCAGGGCUUCCCUGGAGGCGAUAUUCGAACUACUCGCGCCAGCCCCCCGAUAUCCUACCAGCCUGUUUCGGACGACCUCGGUGCGAGGCGUAUCAGAAACAUGCGAUCUCACUACACCACUGAGAUUGGCCGCGAUUUGGGUCCUGAGACCGAGAUUAACCGCUACACCUUUGAAAAUGGCGACAAGUUUGUCGACCGCGGUAAGGAGAACUUUGUAGGCAUUCGCCCUCCCCACCGAGAAGCCGACCGACGUCGACAGACGGCUGGCGGAGGACCGCCGCCUAGGGGCCCUCCCCCGCCACGAGGCGGCAGACGCGGUGGCAAUGGCCGCCGUGGAAACCGCAUGGUCAGCGACAGGUACUUGCCUGGUAUCAACGAAGGUGGCCCGUACAGACAGGGCGACCGCGGAAACUUUGGAUCUCGUCACGACGGCGGUCGCCGUUUCCGCUCGGACGACCGCGACAGUCGGUAUUAA